AUGUCGUCCACCAGCAACGCCUCCAUUGACAAGUUCAACGGAGACAAUUACGCAACGUGGAGCCGGUACAUGCGCGGUGUGUUUUUGACGAAGUCCGUCUGGCACGUUGUCAACCGUGAAGUGACUCCGACUUUCACCGACCCACGAGCGUCCGAUGACUACGUCAAGGCAAGCAACGUCGCGUUUGGUAUGAUGCUGCUGCACAUGAACGCGGACUACCAUCAUGUGCUGGACAACUGCGAGGAAGCCUGGGUUGCGUGGACAAGUCUGAAGACGCUGUACGGUGGGUCGCAGAAGGCAGGACGCAUCUACCUCAAGCGACAACUUUUCAGUAUCAAGAUGGCUGAAGGCGCGAACGUCAUGCAUCACUGCAACGAGGUCCUCAACAUCUCCGCCAAGCUUAGCGGCAUCGGUGCGAAGAUGGAAGACGAAGACGUUGCAAUUUGUCUGCUACUCAGUCUUCCGAAGAGCUACGAAAAUGUGGUGCUCAACAUGGAAAUGAGCAGCACCGAGCUUCGCACUCAAGAUGUGGUGAGAGUCCUGACGAAUGAGCAUGCCAAGCGUCAAGGAGAAAAAGGGACAACGACAGCGACUACGGUGAAGGCUGAAGAUGCAAGCAAGGCAUUCAGCGCCGAGCGUGAGCCCUACCAAUGCACGUAUUGUGGCAAGGUGGGACACACGGUGGAUCGUUGCUGGACAAAGCAGAAGAACGAAGGUCGGGGAGCCCGACGCGGUGUUGCAUUGUAG